CACACGGAACGUGCCACCCGAUCCAACCAACCAUGAGCAGCAGCGAGACCACAACAGACAAGACAGAACCGCAGCGAACGAAGAAGACCGCCGUCGUGAUCGGAGCCACGGGGUACAUCGGCUCCGCCGUCACCAUGGCGCUCGGCGACCACGGAAUGUCCGUCCGGUGCACCUCGCGGGACGCGAGCGGGGCCCGCUGGCUGAAAGACCUCGCGAGCGAUGUGUCGGUCGUGGAGCUGGCUCUCUCGGACACCGCCGGGGAGGACACGGCGAAAUCCCUCCGGAGCCUCCUCCGCGGGGCGGACAUGGCCUUUUUCUGCGCCGGCUUCGAGGAGCAGUCCCCGUCGACCAUCGACUUUAUGGUGUCGAACGCCCUCGCCCUGGUGGACGCCUCCCGGGCCGAGGGCGUCCCAGUGGUCGUCCUGACGUCCUCGGGCGGAUCGACGAACCCCCCCGGGGGCCUUCCGUCUUCGGUUCCCAAAUCGGAGGUCCUCCAUUUUAGCGACCCGGAGGAGCAGGUCCUGCGCGGCAGGUACUCCCCGGCGGCCAAGACGCGGAUGGAAGCGCGGGCCUUUGCGGCCGUGGGCCGGAACCACGCCAACGAGGUCGUGGACCCGGUCCUCGCGGGGGAUCCGGCGACCCCGAGGCUCGUAGUGAUCAACCCCAACCUGGUCCUCGGCCCGCAGCUGGAUCCGAGUCCCACCGUCAAGGGAAACUCGCUGCCGUGGAUGGCCAGGAUCCUCCGGAAGGAAGCCAUGGCGGACGCCGUUCCGAACGACAGCAUGAGCAUCAUCGACGUCCGGGAUCUGGCUGAGCUACACGUGGCGGCAGCCCUCGACGAAGCGGCGUCGGGCCGGUACUUCGGGGUGAACCGCUCCUACGCCUGGAGGGAGAUCCUCGGCGCCUUCCAGCGCGUCCUCGCGGAGAGGGGGGGGAGGGGCUACUCCCCCCCGCCACUGAAGGAGGGGGAGGACUACGACUCCGCGAUUCCCACGCAGUUCGACCACACGCGGAAAAACAGCCUCGGCGUGACGCUGCGGCCCCUCGAAGAGACCCUCGGGGACCUGGUGGAUUUUCUCCGAGCAAAGGGGGCGAUAUGAUCGUGACGAGAACGACGAUGACGUUGGCGCAGCGAUUCGAUGGCGAUGAAGCAAGAAGGCCCGCGGAGGGACCGGAACGAAUUGGUUGAAAUGGUGAGCAUGGUAAAAAUUGACGCUUCUAGUAUAAAUUAAGGCACGGCAG